AUGAAGGAAGGAGUCGUCACACUUGGGCCCAAAAUCUCCGUACGGGAGGUAUCUGUCCCCGUGCCUGGCCCUGAAGAUGUCUUGAUUCGAGUGGCUGUUACUGGAACCAAUCCAAAAGACUGGAAGAUGGCCGAAUGGGGGUUUGGGGAACGAAAUGAAGGUGAUGAUAUGGCCGGCGUGGUCGAGAAGGUUGGAACAGAUGUGGUUGGCUUCCGUCCUGGCGAUCGUGUAGGGGCUCUGCAUCGUCUUCGCCAGAACUAUGGCACCUUUGCUGAGUUCUCGCUCGCACCGGCUCAUUGUGUCUUCCGUCUCCCACCCAAGACCACCUUUGAGGAAGCAGCAACUAUCCCACUUGCAGCAAUGACAGCAGCAGUUGGGCUGUUCGCACGGCUUCGCUUGCCACAACCAUUCAGCAGCAGUACAGCACCGAGGGAACCACAGCCGCUGCUUAUAUAUGGUGCUGCUGGAGCUGUGGGCCUGUACACCACGAAGCUUGCAGUACACGCUGGUUUUCAUCCUCUCAUUUGCGUAGCGGGAGCUGGUGCUAGUGCCGUGGAGCCGUGGCUCGACUCAUUCAAAGGAGACGUUAUAGUUGACUACCGCAAAGGGGACCAGGCCGUUGUGGAAGCAAUUCGUGCAGCCAUACCGGAGGGACUUUCGCUCAAACAUGCAUUUGACUGCGUGAGCGCCAACGGGACCUAUCUGAAUUGUGAGAAAGUUCUAGAUAAGGGAGGAAAGCUUACCAUGCUCCUACGAAUCAAGGACCAUACAUUUCGACCUGACUUGAAAAUAACAGACACCAAGGUUGGCUCAGUACAAGACGAUCGGACGUACGGGCCCAGAGGAUAUAAAGAUCCAGAUGAUACGGAAUUUGGCAGGGUGUGGUUCAUGCUUUUCACACAGGGGCUCAAGCAUGGCUGGUUGAAAGGUCAUCCGUAUGAGGUGAUUCCAGGGGGCUUCGAUGGCAUAGAACAGGCACUGGUGAAGCUAAAGUCACAUUCAGCGAGCGCAACUAAGUUUGUUGUUCGUAUGGCCGAUAUUUAG